AAAUACGCAGUCUUUCAGUCUGAGAAAAGCACGCUCAUGUUCUAUAGCAGCAAAUCAUUCCCUUGGCCACUUAACCACGGGGUGCCUCCCAGUGAUGAGCCGGAAUGUGGUUAUACCGGUGCCCAUUGCUCUAAUCAAGCGAACAGUCGGGUCAUUGGAGGUGUCAGUGGAUUUUUCACAGUCGCCGCUGUUCUGGGAGGGGCAAUGGCUUUUAUAUUAUUCAG